GUGUUUUUGUCUCUUUCGUCAGCAACUUGUAUCCAAAUUGUUAGCUUAUACAUUUGUAAAAACACACAAGCAAAACAAUAAAGGAAACAGAGCUUUCUUCUACUUGUUUUGCUUCUUAGUUUCAUUUCUCAGUGAUUGUUUCAAUGUCUUCUGAUCUCUUUCUGCUUGAAAACUCUUUCUUCUCUGAUCCAUUCCCUCCUUUCAUCGACUCCCCCAUUGAUCAUGACAUCUUCCCAGCAAUUUCGGACAUCUAUGACAACUCGACCCAGCAAAACCCAGUUGAAGAAACCAAUUCUCUUUACCAAAUUGCCUCUACCCUCCUUUCUUCUUCACCACCAAGUCACCAACUUGAAAAUCUCUCUCUCUGCCAAACAACCCAUUUGGCAAAUACUACUUCAGGUUUGGCAAAUGGGUAUUCAGAUUUCUCUGGUUUGGAGAUCAAAACAGAGGAAUGUCAAGUUCCUAUUGAGUCUCUCUAUGGUUAUGGUAACUCUUUUUUGCCUCAUAGUUAUGAUGGUAGUGAUGAAAGUGCGAUGAAGUUGAUGCAGAGGAGCUAUAGUAGCAACUCUUUCGAUGGUAAACCCAGUUUCUUGUUCCAACCUCGCUUUGAUAGUCUCUUGGAGUCUCCAAAUUUUCAGACCCAAGUCUUCAGUUCACCUGAAAAUAGCUUCACUACUGGUCAAAUGAGAAGGGUUUGCAGCACUGGAGAUUUACAAAAGAUCAAAACAGCACAGACAAGCCACAUGUUGUCUUCAAGCCCAUUAGCUACAGAGAGGUCAUUCAUGGAGGAAGCAAACUUCAAAGUGGGACGCUACAGUGCAGAAGAGAGGAAGGAGAAGAUUCAUAGGUACAGAGCAAAGCGUAAUCAGAGAAACUUUAACAAGACAAUUAAGUAUGUAUGCCGGAAGACACUAGCCGACAAUCGGCCUAGGAUACGUGGCAGAUUUGCACGCAACGAUGAAGCUGCAGAGAUUCCAAAAGUUGCAAACUUUGAUCGAUAUCAAGACGAAGAUGAUCCUUGGAUUGAUGGGUUUAAUGAAGAUGAAGAAGGAAUGGUGAGUGGAGGACCGUUGUACAACAGCUUUGUACCGACUCAGUUUCAGUACUAUGGCUAGUCGUAAUUGAAGGAAGCUGUUCUAAAGGAGGUUAAGUUCAAGCUGAUCUGAGCAAAAUAAUUCAGAUGGCUUCUUUGAAUAAAUUAGCUUAAAAGGUUAAUUUUAACUAUAUAUUCCGUCACUAGUUGUAGGCCAGCAGCAGUUGUUUUCAUAACUUCCUCCACCACAAAU